UAUAUUUAUGCAGACCAUAGGAGGAGACUUCGUAUGUCUUUUUAUUCGCUUCACAUUCCCGUCGAUCAUCAGUGGGGCUUGCCUUUGGCAAAUGGAGAUUGGACUGGAAUGGUUGGGAUGCUCCAUCGAAGGGGGAAGACUCCAGCCAUUGGAAACAAGGAUAAAGGAAGUAGCCCUAUUAGUAAAUAGAAAGGAAGUUGAUGUUGGUUUGGGUCCAUUUGCUGCAAGUUACGAACGACAUCAAGUGGUAAGGUUCAGCAGUGCUUUGGAUAUUGAUGCAAAUGUGAUUAUAACAGGAUUACCCCAAGAAGGCCGCUCUUUCUUCAGUUUUGUCAGUGCUUUUGACUGGAAGGUUUGGCUUGGAGUUAUAAUAUCGUUAAUGGUUGUUGCUUUAAUUGCGACAUUUGUCGAAAAGGUCAACAUUCCAACCAUCAAACGUCUCUCGUUUAGAAAACUAUUUCUAGAAAAAUGUUGGUCCUGUUUAUCGUCACUCUUCUAUCAAGGUUACGGACCGGACACGAUAUCUGUUCCUAGUCGGAUUCUUGUAGUUUUCUGGUGGUUUGGAGUAAUAAUCUUGAUGAGCAGCUUUGGUGGACAUUUAAGUGCAACCCUGUCGAUCAGCCCAGCUCCUCUUCUAGUGGACAGUCUGGAGGAUUUAUUGGAACGAAGUGAUAUUCAACCUAUGAUAGAUGGGGGUGGCGCACUGGAGCAAAUACUAAAGACUGGAAGCACUGAAACCUAUAGACGUUUAUGGAAAAAAGUUUCGGAAAAUAACGGAAUUCUUCUCCGAGAGGAUAUGUUAGCCGAUCAUAUGCUGAAUAAAGUAGAGGAAGGAACACAUGCCAUCAUCAUCGGCUACUCCACCAUACAGUAUGUUUUAUCCAACAGGUUUGCUCAGAGACAACAAUGCAAUUUUCACAUUGCCAAAGAUCCCUUUUUCCCGAAACCGAUUGUACUAGCAAUGUCAAAAUCACUACCAUCACACGUAGUUGAAGAAAUCAAUCGUGAGGUUGAGAAUGUAGUCCAUAGUGAUUUGAUUUUUCUGUGGAUAUCUGAGAUGAAUAAGAAUUUUACUAAGUGCGUGGAAGCAAGUGACGGGAACAUAAAAAACAACGUCAACAGUUUGGGUAUCAAAGACCUUCAGAGCGUAUUCUACUUGUGGAUUGGAGGUUUACUCUUCUCUUUGUCCAUUCUUUGCUUAGAGAUUUCAGUUACAUCUGUAACUAAAUAGGCUAAAUAGAUUUUGUAGUGAAAUAUCCUAAUUUUAGUAACUUUAUGCAUAAAAAAGACUUGUGAACACCUUUAACUAAUUUCAAUAUUCGCUCAAGCAAACGAUAAUUGAACACAAAUCAGUCAAGCACUCUGUCAUAAAAACUUUACUUUGAACUGGAAAGGAUUAUUUGAAUAUAUACGAUACUAUCACUACUCAUGAACCUCUUGAUUCCGUUGGUGAGAUAAGGAGGAGGAUUAAUUAUAAUAGCCUUACAAAGGAAAAGAGAUGAAAAGAUUAAAUAUACACACGUUAAAUAAAGUUUAUCGUAGUCAUAAGAUAUUAAUUUUUUUAAAUCACGAUCACUUUAUACUAGAUUCUAUGUUUAUUUAAAUGCCCUUGAUGAUCUUUCAAUUGUCUUAUGAAGAGGUAAUAACAACUCUUAAUAACAUCUACGUUGUUUGUUUUGGGAGCUAAACAUAUAAAAAAAUUAGUUAACAGUAUAUUCAAGCACUGUUGUAGUUGUAUAACAGGUUAAGAAUGACAUCUCAGUUUCUUCAAAUGCACAAUAUGACAGCCAAUGGAGGUCAGUAAAACGAUCCAAGCAGUCAGUGUUCGCUAAUAAAAUGCAAUUUUUGUAAUGAAUAUGCUAUAAGUUAGCGGUAAAAUUAAUUCUCAGUGAGUGUCUUAAUUCCCAGAAACUCACUUUCUUGGUAAUCACGCUUCCAAAAGUUACCUUUUUGAUAAUUACGGUUCCAAAAUUCACUACUUUCUUGGUACUCACUGUUCCAAAACUCGCUCGAUACAAUCACGUUUCCAAAACUCAAUUUCUUGAACAUAAAGAAUCCAAUUUACACAGUAGUUAGCUUAAUAUGUAUAAUACUAAACUACAGCACACUUUAAAUGGAUUUCUAUCGAUCCACAGACCUACUGACAAAAUAUCUAAGCUUUAAUAAAACAGAUAUAAUAUAAAUUUAGAGUUUUCUAGUCUGAAGGUUAAGACUUAAAAAUAAUAAUAAAGAAUUCAAAACAAUUCUUAUAAUAAUUUGAACAAGAAGGAAACGUCUCCUUUUUCAUUUAGAAUGAAAGGGUAGUUGGUUAAUAAAACCACGUGAUAAGGUGUUCUCAUAGUAGAAGAAGGUUACCAGUAUUUGUUCUCUAGUUCCAAUAAAGAACACCUAGCAAUACAUUUUGAAAUAUAACUCUUUGUCCUUUAAUUGAAUAAUACUCAUUGAGUUGAUGCUUGUGGCAUGUUUUCUUAAUUUCAGUAAAAUUAUGGAUAUGUAAAAUGAUCAUAAAAAGCAUCAAAAUAAAAACGGAUUACAUUGAGUAUUUCAACAAUAAAAAAAAUUAAAAUUGGACGAAUUUUUGAAAAUAUCAGCAAGUUAUUGUUCUACAGACAGUGCCAUCACAUACAUAAAUAUAUAUAUAUAUAUUACAGUACCAUGUGGCUUAAAUGAGUAUGAUAAAAGCGUAAGUUUAACAUUUGAUCAAGAGAUGACGGAAAAUAAUGUGAGACCCAAUAUACUUUAGUUGGUUAUAUAUAUGCUUCUAAAAUAUAAACACAGUUCCUAAAGUAACAAAUAAAAACCUGAAUUACUAAACAUUAUCUGUUAUUGUGACUGUUCAU